UUCUCUCGACGUGUCCCAUAUAUAGCAGCUUUCUUUGAAAAACUAAAGGACUGCAUCUUCCAAUUAGAGUACAGCUAGCUAGCUAGUUAUAAUGGCUAUAGAGAUUGAGCAACAACCUUCAGCUGUGGGACUCUCAAAAGUUGCAGUUUCUGAAACUCAUGGGGAAGAUUCCCCAUAUUUUGCAGGCUGGAAAGCAUACGAUGAAGACCCUUAUGAUGAACACAGUAAUCCAUCCGGAGUUGUACAGAUGGGAUUGGCAGAAAAUCAAGUUUCAUUUGAUUUGCUGGAAGAUUACCUGGAAAAGAACUCAGAAGCCUCUAGCUGGGGAUCAAAAGGAGUGUCUAGCUUUAGAGAGAAUGCUUUGUUUCAAGAUUACCAUGGACUUCAACCAUUCAGAAAGGCAAUGGCAAGUUUCAUGGGAAAAAUAAGAGGAGGGAGAGCAAAAUUCGACCCCGAAAGAGUGGUCCUAACCGCAGGUGCAACUGCAGCAAAUGAACUGUUGACCUUCAUUCUGGCAGAUCCUGGCGAUGCUUUGCUUGUUCCAACCCCAUACUAUCCAGGAUUCGAUAGAGAUUUAAGGUGGAGAACCGGUGUAAAAAUUGUGCCAAUCCACUGUGACAGCUCAAACGAUUUCCAGAUCACUCCAAAAGCUUUACAAGCCGCGUACAAUGCUGCAGAAGCCAAGAACAUCAAAGUCAGAGGGGUACUGAUCACAAACCCUUCCAACCCAUUAGGUGCGACGAUUCAACGGGCAGUUCUCGAAGAGAUUCUCGACUUUGUCACUCGCAAGAACAUCCAUCUUGUCUCCGAUGAAAUCUACUCUGGAUCUGUCUUCUCUUCGUCGGAGUUCAUAAGCAUUGCAGAAGUCCUCGCAGCCCAAAAUUAUAAGAGAGCAGAGAGAGUUCACAUUGUUUACAGUCUUUCCAAAGACCUCGGCCUUCCGGGUUUUAGAGUUGGCACGAUUUACUCGUACAACGACAAGGUGGUGACUACAGCGAGGAGAAUGUCGAGCUUCACCUUAAUUUCUUCGCAAACACAGCAUCUGUUGGCAGCCAUGUUGUCCGACAAGAAGUUUACUGAGAACUACAUAAAGACAAAUCGAGAGAGGCUGAGGAAGAGAUACGAAAUGAUCAUUGAAGGCCUGAGGAGUGCUGGGAUUGAGUGUUUGAAAGGAAAUGCAGGGUUGUUUUGCUGGAUGAAUCUAAGCCCGUUGUUGGAGAAAGCAACGAGAGGGUGUGAAUUGGCUCUUUGGGACUCCAUACUGCAUGAAGUAAAGCUAAAUAUAUCUCCAGGAUCGUCUUGCCAUUGUUCUGAACCAGGUUGGUUCAGGGUUUGUUUUGCUAACAUGAGCGAGCAGACACUGGAAGUCGCGUUGAAAAGAAUACACAAUUUCAUGGAACAACAACGAGAGCUGAAAGAGAUGAAGAUCAAUAUCUAAUCUCUUCUUCUCAGUAAUCAGCUUUUCUAAUUUUUUUUUUUUCCUUCUUUUUUAAUGGUUCUACCCAUUUUGAUUCUUUGGAUGACAAAACCCGGCCAGUUCAACCUUUGGGAUUGUCUCAUCAUUGAUUA